AAAUCUAGACUAAAAGGCAUAAAAACUCUUACAGGUACGUACUCGUAAAAAGUAUCGGCAUCUCUAUCUAUGUGACGAUACUGACCGGCAUUUACGUGGUAUCGGAUUGAAACCAAAUCUUGCAGUAUCGCGCACCACUCGUGUGCGUCUGCAAUAACAUUCCGUGUGGAAAGAAAAUUGUGAUAGUGCAGUGGUUCCUGAUGACCACUUGGUGGUGAUGUUGCCUGAAUGUGUUGGAUUCCAUUUAUGUUGGAUUAGCAGUUGAACGCUUCACUCACGCACGCUCAAACAAACAAUGAAAUCUCCCGAAUAUUUCGGGACCCGGUUUUGUGCAGCGAGAAUAAACAACGACGCAUAGCGGAUUUACGUGUUGAACGGCGUAUCGAAUCCUUCCGUGCGAUCGUGUUUCAAGGCCCGCAUCUCCUCCACGCAGAGCAUCUGCUUGGAGCCUCGGAUGCAGACAAUGAGCGUUCACGUCUGACGUGACUGAGAGGUCAGACUGGAGUUACUCUGAAGCCAUUUUCGGCACAUUUCAUACCUUUCUACCUGCUGCGAUUAUGCCAGUAGCAUCCUCGUAGACGUUAGCAAACAGUGGACCCCCAGUUUGUCACGGGGGAUACCUCCCAGACCCAACCGCAAGACGUGAAAAUCCAGCAUAUAGAGAUCCUUUAAAGAAACCUUUUAAACAGUUUGACCCCACCCACAGGCUUGAAACACAUUCAAAUAUAUUAGAAUACUUUUUUAAAAUAUUUCGUGCCUGUUCUCACUCUCUCGCUUUGCUUUUUAUUUGUAACUACAGGGUUGCUGUAAAACUGACACAUAAAACAAGCGAAUUAAACAUUAAGAACAGUGGACAUUUAAACCCCGAAAUCUUCGGAGAAAUCAUAUAAUUUCAUCUAACUGCUAACAAUGUGAAACGCAGGUGACGGCCUAAAGGAAAUUAGCAUAGAUGUUGCAGUAAUUAUAAACCUUCAAACAACUGCUACUUUAACACAAACACACACAGCACCAACACGUAGAGAAAAUACAAGAUUUAAACGUUGUACAUUUAAACUCUAAAUUAUUUCAUUUCAUCUAACUGAAGCUUGCUAUCUUAAUGCCAACAUAUAAUGCAAAACGCCAUAGAUGUUAACAGUAAUUAUAAACCUUAAAACAACUGCUACUUUAACACAAAGAGCAGGAGCACAGAGUGUACAGCAAUACUUACAGGCAUCUAUAUUGUCUCUGGGGACCUUCUCUGCCUCUUCUUCUUGCUCUUAAUUAGACAGCAUCUUAUUAAGUAGACCUCAGUGUUGCCCAGCAAGAUACAGCACAACGUGGUACUACACUGAAGACGCGUAACUCGAAAUUCGUACUUGCCUGUAUACUGUAAAAAUACUAUUAAAAAAAACGUUUUAAAAGCCAGAUCCCAAAAAAAAUUGAGAUAUAGUGGGGGAACACUGUAAUAUGGACUUUCCGGGUCACUUCCAGCACAUUUUCCAGCAGCUGAACACCCAGCGGCUCCAUGGUCAAAUGUGUGACUGUGUGGUGGAGGUGGGAGGUCACAAAUUCCAGGCACACCGUGCCAUCCUAGCAGCAUGCAGCUCCCACUUCAAGGCACUCAUCAGUUCCAAUGACGGCGCCGACGAUGCUGAUGGACAAAGGAUGGAUAAAGUCGGCGGUCCCGGUGUGAUGGUGCUCGACUCGGAGGUGGUGACCCCAGAGGCCUUCUCCACCCUGCUGGACAUGAUCUACACAUCCACUUUGUCGCUCUUGGCCUCCAACGUGAUGGAUGUCUUGUUGGCCGCCUCGCACCUGCACCUCAACUCCGUGGUAAAGGCCUGCAAGAUCCACCUGUCCAGAAAAAACUUCCCAGCCACAGCGCCGAAAGGCUGGAGGUCAGUGCAGCAGCAGGAGCAUCCGUCCUCUCAAACCCAGCUCACAUCUGGGGAGCUACUUGACGAGCAGGGCGUAGAGGUGAGCCAGUCAGGGGAAGAUUCCUCCAAGCACAAGAGAAAGUCGCAUGAGGACAGACUGAAUGACAGGAAGAGGACCUGCAGAAUGUCUGGAGAUGAGGAAAGUUCUCCAACUGUGACCAGAAGCACAGCCAACAAGGAGCCAGGAGAGCAGCGACUCUCUCCGGACCGCUUAAAGGCAACUGUAAACAUCUUGAAGGGCCAAUUGGAUGAUGUGGAGGAAAAAUAUGGCAUAACCACGACUGAGUCAGAGGAGAUCCAGCUGCCGAGCCAGUCAGACAGCAGCACAGGUGGAGAAGCUUUUGUCAAAGAUGAGGGAGAGCCUAUGAUGGAGACAGUGGAGAUUAAAAAAGAAAACAUGACUUCCUCCUCGCCUGAUCUUUCCCAAUCAUCACCCCCACAGGACUCCUCUGAAUCAAAUGGUGACAACAUAAGGAGUCCAGAUGAAUAUGUCAGCUGUUUACAGUCCCAGCAGUGCUCAGAUCUUCAUGAAAAAGAGUGUGGCGAUAUAUGCGAGGGUGAUGGGAUGGACAACCUGUCUGAACUGGCUCUUUCCUGCUUCCUGAAUCCCAGUCAUGACAGUGAGGUAGGAGCUCCGGAGGAAGAAGAAAGUCUCGCAAGUCUCACAGCAGCUGCAACCGCAGCGGCUGCCGCCAGUGAUACGGCUACAAGUGGUGAAAGCCUACUGCGUCAAAACUCAAACACUUCUAUUCAAGCGUCAGAUUCAACUCUCGUUUUCCCGGUAACUUCUCUUCCUUUGCAACAGGUUCUCUCCACUCAGGCUCCUGCUUUUAGCGACACCCUCAUCCUCCAGCCUGCACACAAUUCCCUAACGGGAUUCCUUGGCCUGGAGCCUUCGAGAUCCACGAAAGGACACGCGGGAUCAAGCGGAACCACUUUCCGUCGCAUCGCUCCUAAAGCGGCUCCAGUAUCCGAAGCAGAACACACAGGAGCAUCUGGACCGUCGGGACCCAAUAGAGCACCUCUGACAAGAGCUUCCGAGGACGUGUUGUCCAAGUGCAAGAAAGCGGCGGCAGAGGUCAACGUGCUUCUGGUGGAAGGGGACAAGAAGUACGCCUGCAAAAUCUGCUCCAAGACAUUCACAAACUUGGCAGACUGUAGGAAACAUAUCCGUGUCCACACAGGAGAAAAGCCGUAUCCUUGUCUCAAGUGUGGCAAACGCUUCAGUCAGUCGUCGCAUCUGUACAAGCACUCCAAAAACUCCACCUGCCUGAACUGGAGGGACAAGAGUGCUUACCAAAACACUCUGAAUUGACUCCACGGCAGUUUGCCGAGACCAAAUUCUUGACUUUUACAUGUGGUUAGUUAAUACUCUCACCCUUACUGAUUUUUAAUUCAUGUUCUGUAUGAAAAGAAAACACUGAAAAUUGCCAGAUCUGAAUUUACUGAAAAUAUGGUUUCACCCCGUAACAAUGAAACACAAAGAAAUUUCAAUAGGCACAAAAAGCUUUACAUUUAAGCAAAAUGUACCUUUUAUUCUUAGGAAAAUGAACUAUUGUGCGAUACCAACUGAAAUUAAAGUUCGCAUUCAAUGUA